CCCUGGAGCAAUCAAGGAGGAGAAGACUAUGGACUCGGGUUCCAGUACCAACCCCCUCACUACGGAGAACAAUCAGACCUCUGGGCAUAUCAAGAACAACCUCAUUACCAAGAAGACUUUGUCCCACAACCAGAAGGGCCAUCGACGUUGGAGUAACCCAUGGCGGCCUUCACGAGCCAUUCUGCAGAACCAUGCUACACUCCACAGCCAGAUCCAAACUAUGAAUUGAGGCUUUUCAUGGAGCAGUUUGCUCGGGAUAGUGAGAGAUCAUGGUCUAGGAUGGAUCUUUGUACCCAGGCCUAUCGUGAAAAAGAGGAGAUCCUCCUGAGCAUUAAGAAUAGAGUCGAUGAUCUUGAGCGAUCUUACGCACAACCUGCUCCAGAUCACCCUUCUGCUACCAUACUAGAAGAGGAGGUGGAAGAAGAAGGCUAGAAAGACAUUGUGGAGCACACUAAAGUUGUCACGGAGAGCUCCCGUGAUGAUCAUGAUCAAGAAUGUCCUGUCGUAGCCGACCACACCUUCCCACAUCCCAAACUGAGCUUUGAAGAGGCGGGCCUGAGUGAGGAGAUGCAAGAAGAUCUCAUGAAAGAAAUUGCUUGGCAACUUGCUCUCCAAUCCGUGCUAGAAAAAGAAGAGCGAGAAAGGGUGCAGAAAGAAGUCGUGGAGGAUGGCGAAAGUGAAGUAGAAGGAGUUAUUGAUCAUUUUCCAAGGGUGAAUCCACAUGAAUAAGGAAGAGAGGUUGCAGAAGCAAUUGGCGUCCAGGCCGGGGACGGAGUUGAGGUGGAAGAGGCGUGCACCGACCAUGAGUUACAUGUGAUAUCUCCACCAGACUUCGAGGAACUUCUUAGCAAAGACCCAUUUGCAGUGUCUCUUUGCCAGACCACGACCACAUUGACAUUGGUCCCUCUUGGUGGACGCGAUGGUGGUCAAUCGAUGUUGUCAUAUCUGGUUUAGGGCAAUGAGACGUGAGAAGAGAAUAAUAGGUCUCGAGGGUG